CAUUAUGCAUGUCAUUUUUAAUUACAAAUUUUUACUAUUAAACUACUCUGUCACGAAAUUAUGUAUAAACUUAAAACAUUUUAUAGUAAAAACAUUCACACAAAGAAUGUUUAUAGAUAAAUAGAAUGAUAUAUAAAUAUAAAUUUUAGAUUCAAUCGGUUUAGAGUAAGCAUAAAAAUAUAACAUUUAUUUGUAGGUAAAAAAUUACUAGUAUCUUCAACAAAGUCAAAUCAAAAUGCCAUGUACAAAGUGUAGAUCAGAUUUUAAUUUAUUUAACUGGAAAAUAAAGUGCGGAGAGUGCGAAGAUAAAUAUUGCAAUAAAUGUCUUAAGAGGAGAGAAGGGGUAUUGUAUUGCGAAAAAUGUCUAAUUUUGUUGAAACGCCCACCUGACAGGUCGAAGUUGAUGGAGCUGAAAUCGAAGGAUCUUCAAGACUAUUUAAAUAAGAGAAAUAUAUCCACAUACGGUUUAGUCGAGAAGCAAGAAUUGGUAGAUAUAUUUUGUAAUAAACACAUACCCGAAAAACCCAAACGGGGCGUGGAGAAACUAACAGCAAAUUUUGCUGGCUCACUACCAAAUUUAAGACCCUUAAAUGAAAUUUUUGGUAAUAUAGAGUCUAUUAUAACGAACGAUGGCAAUUCCACAAGACAAAGCAGGCCGCCGAGACAAGAUCAACCCCGCUCCACACCCAGAUCUCCACAAUCACCGCAAUCUCCACAACAUCCACCGAUGUCCAAUUCCACACCUCAGUCACCUCAAAAUCACCCCAGCAGCCACACACCACCUAGUCCACAGUCGCAACCAACUACCUCUACGACGGCUCCAGACCACAGAACAAAUAUCACUGAGGAGGAGCCACCAGCGCAAGGAAGCCCACUACCUCCUAGGUAUCCGAAGAUUGAAGAUUUCGGCAGUGCCGAAGAAUUACACAAUCUAUCAUCAAAAGACUUGAAAAUAUUAUUAACCUUAAAUAGAGUAGAUUUCAAAGGAUGCGUGGAAAAGACCGAAUUGUUAGAAAGAGCUGAACGACUUUGGGAAGAUACGAAUGAGUCAAAGAAAGAAAUUCCAGAAAACCUACCCAUCGGAGAGCUCUGCAAAUUGUGCAUGGAUGCACCCUUAGACUGCGUCCUACUGGAAUGUGGCCAUAUAGCAACGUGCACGGACUGUGGCAAAAAAUUAGCAGAGUGUCCUAUAUGUCGACAAUACGUAGUUCGAGUAGUCAGAACGUUUAAAGCAUAAAAUGUUAUUAAAUAAUUAAAAAUUGUGCUUGUAUCAAGUUGUACAUAUUUAUAAAUUGUUUGUUUAUUACUGAACAGUCAAUAAGAAGGUAUUUCUUUUGAUAUUACCAAUUUUUAUGGGGUUCGGUUCAUUCGUGGUAGUUUUGGUUUAUCUUUAUUAAGAGAAAAAAUCUCGUAAUUUAAUUUUAUGUUAUUAACUGUCUUAUACGGCAGCGUUUUACGUGACCUUAAUAAUACCAUAACGUUUUGGCUUACAAUUACACAAUAGCUCAAAAUUUACCAACUUGUAUCCCAGUGAUACUUUGACAGUUUUAAUUUAAUUAUGUCAAAUUGUCACUAGCUCAAUACGAGUCAGUAAUUGUCACUAGCGUAAUACUAAGAGGUCGAGUGUAAUUCGGUAAGAUUAUUUCAUGAAUAGAACUGUUCAAAACAUUACUUCUUUAAUCGCCUUAUAGCGGUACGCUUUAAUUCCUAUUUUUGCUAAUUUUAUUUUCUUAAUUUUUAAUAACUUUUCUCAAAAUGAAAUAAUAUGGGUCAUAUAAAUUCACAUGUAAAAUACAAACCAGGUGCUAAGAGUGACACGGUUUUACGAAACGGAAUGUAUCCUUAACCAUAUGUUUUUGGUGUGUUCAGUUUAACAAAAUGAAUUCCACAUAAAUUAAUUACCUUAUCAGACCUUAUGUCAAUAACUCACAAUUGGACAUGCAUUCGAAAACGUAAACUGCAGAAAUGUUUCAACCCUUAAACGCCAGAUCUAAAUAUUUAUUGCCCAUCUGGUCAGAUGGUAAAACACAAACAGAUUGGCGUCUGUGGUUUCUUUUCAGCCACUCAAUCAGUCGGUUACAACACAUAGGAAAAACACCUUUUGUUACCAAAAUAAAUAAAUAUUUUACUGUUCGUCGUUAACUUAUUUUUAUUAUUUUUAAUUAAUUCCGUCAACUCACACCUACCGGAAUAGCCUUAUUGAUAUAUUCGUCUGAAUAUUUGCUAAACCUGCUCAUCUUGUUCACUUUGACAAGUUGUAAAACAUUAAUUCUGAUUAAUGUCACUGAGUGUUUAUUUAAUUUUAAAUUUGAGCAACAACAAAAGAUAUCUUUAGCGCUACUUAACUACGGGUAAUUAUCAAAAAUUAUUAUCGCUAUAAUUUCGAUUUUUGAAGGUUUUUAUUGGUCAAAAUCUCUAUGAAUGAAAUAAUCAGUAGCAAUUGGCACGAGAGUUCUAAAAUUAUCGAUUUGUUUCCCGAGUGGCACUUUGACAGUUUUAAUUUCACGACCUGAAGGGUAGUGAAAUUAUGUCAAAGUGUCACGAGGGCAAUAAGUCGAUAAUAAUUUUACAGAUCGAGUGUAAUUCGCUGAGAUUAUUUCAUGAAUAAAACUGUCUUUUUAAAUUAUUUUAACUAAUAUUUUAUUUAUAUCUUUACCUGAAUAUUUGCUAAACCUGUUUCUUGAUGUUUUCUGUGACAAGUUGUAAAAAAGUAAUUGUCAUUUAUGUUCUGAAUGUUCAUUUUUGCGUAGUAACGAAGGGCAUCUCUUGCCUGCAAAGGUAAAAUAGUAUGUGUGAAAAAAUCGAUUUUUGAAUUUUCCGCCAAAACUGGGUUAUUUUUUCCACUCUUUCUUAUGCAAUUUUUAGUUUAUUUCUAUCUCAUUUAGUUUUCAAAAUGUGACACUGGUAAAACAGUAUAUGAGUACCUGUACUUGCGUCUCUGCUAUGGUAAAAAAGUAUAUUCGGCAAACUCUACAAAGACAAAAUAGUAUACAUCGUCUUACACUGCUUAUCCCUGGUAUUAUGUUACAUCAAUUUUUUGAAACUCUACUAGUAAAACAGGAUAUUUGUGGUAUAUACUUGUUAUACGGUAACAUAUUUCAUAAAAACGGUGUCCCAAUUCCAAUGGUAAAAUAGUAUAACAUUUCAUAUACUCUUUUACCAUAGUAUGACCAAUGGGAAUUUUUAUCUCCUCCGACGGUAUAUACGUAUAAAGUCUUUUAUAUACUCUUUAGGUAUACUGGAAAAAUGAUAAAACAGUAUAUGCCACUUUACAAGCACAUUUGAAAAAACUACACCUAUUUGCUGUUGUAAUAAUAAUUAUUAUAAUAACAUACUUUUUUUAUAUUCCAAAUUUCAUUUGUCUAACUUUAUAAAUGACAAAACGGCACAGUAAAAGAACAAAAAGUCAUUUAUCUCAAAACUCACUUUUUUCACAUAUACUAUUUUAUCUUUGCAGGCAAGAUCUGACGUAAUGCUUGACGACGGGAUAUUAUCAAAAAUUAUCACUGUAAUUUUUAUCUCUGUAGCUUUCUAUUGGUCAGAAUCUCCUAUUAAUUAAAUAAUCAACAUUAAUAUCACAGCAGAGUAAGAAUAAAUUGACAAUAAUGCUACAUUUUUUCGAAAACUUGUUGCCUGGCAAUAGGUACGAGAGCUCGCAGGGUUCGAGUGACUAUUGCCGACUGGAAACAAGAUUGAGAAACAAAUUGCAACAUUAUUUGCUUAUUUAUUCUUACUAUCGUGUGAUAUUCGACAUAUCUUUGUAAAUAAACAUUAAUUAACAUUUAUCCCAAUAAUGUGAUGCACAUUUUUCAACUUGUCAAAGUGAAUAGCAGAGUUUAGCAAAUAUCAAACGAAGAUAUCAAUAAAAUAUUUGUUCAAAUUAUUUAUAAUUACAGUUUUAUUCAUGAAAUAAUCUUACCGAAUUACACUUGAGCGCUUAAACUUGCCGACUUGUAUUGUCCUCGUGACUAUUUGACAUUAGAUACAGAAUUAAAAGUUCAUUAUUGUUCAUUUUCUUGUUACAGUGUUGUUAUGGUUAUGGUUCAUUAUAUGGUUACAGUUGUCAAAACGAGAAAACUCGUAAUUAUACAAAAACAAAAAAACUUAAAAUUAUUUCAGGUAUAAUAAUGUAAGUAGAUUAUUCCCAACUUAUUAGAUUCUUCCCAGUAUAAUAAUAGUCUGAUUGGAUAGAAUUAAACAAGUGAUGAAAAAUCUUUAUACACGUUUGGAAAUAAAAAUCAUUAAAAAAUAAUCACUAAUGAACUAUGAAAUAAUCAACAUUAAUAUCACAAGAGAGUGAGAAUAAUGUCCAGUUGCACCAACAAAAUAAACGUUUGAUUUUUUGAUUUCGAUUGCCCGUUUAUUUUAAAAUAUAAUAGUUGUCAAAAAACUGUCAAUUAAAAACAGAAAUUUUAACGAUUCUCCCGCAAAAUAUUAAAUUUUUUGACAACAAAUAUAAUAACGGAACACUUUUCUUUCGAAAAAGGUUAAAAUUUAAUAUUUUUUGGGACAAUCGUUAAAAUUUCUGUUUUUAAUUUGACAGUUUUUUGACAAUUAUAUUUUAAAAUAAACGGGCAAUCCAAACCAAUCCGUUUAUUUGUUGGUGCAACUGGACAUAAAUUAAAAAAUAAUUUGAAAAUUUUUCAAAAACUUGUUGCCUGGCAAUGGCAAUAGAGACGAGAGCCCGCUGGGCUCGAGUGCCUAUUCAUAUAUUUCAGGGCUCACAUAUUUCAGAUCAUGAAAGUUUAAGUAAAACUUUGUUAUUAUGAUUUUUCAGUAAAAAGACCAACCGACAAUCUAUCAAACAGUCAGCAUUCAAGCCGAUCAUUUCCCAUUGUAGCAUCUUUCAAUGUGCAAUAUAUCCUGGUGAAACCUUUCACACUGCUCAUCUGAGACGGUACCAACAUUUACAGGAAAAGAAUCAAAAGUAGUGCGAAUCCAAAAAAUGAAUUUUGAACCAAUAUCAUCAUCAUUGGCUUGAAAUGUUGAAGCUAAACUGUGAAAUUGUUUCUGUAGACGCCAGUCACGUGUACCAAUGUAAGGGAACAAAAUAGUGCGAGUAAUGUUGCUAUUUCUAGGAUUCGAUUAAACCGUCGUAGGACAAUAAUGACCAAACUGCACAUUACAAAAAUAUUGUACGAAUAGUUUUGGAUGGAAAAAAAUACAAAAAAGAAUAGUAAAAAAAGUUACAAUCUUUAUUAAACUAAAUAAAUAUGUAUUCUUUUUUUUUUCUAUCAAAUUAUGUUAUGAAAGUCACGAAUGAAUUGAACCCCAAAGGCAUUUUUAAUUAUAAAUGUACAUAAUUCAUUAUAACAAGAAAAGAAAAAAAUUAAACCGAAAAUACCUGUAGACGCAUUAUCUUGUUUCAUAUAUUUAUAUUAAAAAGUUUAUAUCUCUAUUUUAGAAAUGUAUUUUCUUUUUUACAUAUUUUUUAAAGUUUUAACCAUCUUUUUUAUAUAUUAUAUUUCCACUAUAUAGACUUAUUUUUUCUAUCGAUUUUAAAGACUUAACUUAUCUCGAGUGUUUCUUUAAUAUACACUGCGAGGCAUAAGUUAGGUAUGUAGAAAAUUAUGCUUGAUUUUUUCGUGAACAGAUCAACGGAUUUCGCUAAGUUUUUUUAUUAUUUUAGAUUUUUCUUUGGUAUUUACACAGUUAAGCAAAGGUUUACUCAACGUUUUUUUUGAACCUACACCCGGUGGAAGAAAAGAAAUGUUUUUCGUGUGGAUAUAUAUCGAAAUCGUAUUGUAGUCUUAUAUUUUCUCAACAUUUUACUUUUUGAAUGGCCCUGAUAACUUUAGAAACAAGGAAAAUAGGUGAUGUUACACUUUAAUAUGCGUUUAAAUGAAGCAAAUCUAAAUUAACAAUAAAAACUAACAGUUAACAAAAAUUUAAAAGCAGAAAGACCCAUACGUAAACAGUUCUGAUCGGUACCUAUAAGAGUUAUUUGUUGACGAGGUAAGCGGUAUUCACAGCGCAACAUAAGAGAGACGAGAUUGUUUAAUGGAGGCUCUGUGAUGUUUUGGGGUCGAAUUCCCUUGAUAGUAAGUACGGAUUUCGUGCCUUAGGUGGAGGUACUUUAAAUAGCAAGAGGUACAUUACAGUUUUUUUUCUUUGAAUACUCUGUUCCUUUCACACUAUAUAGGAAAUAAUUUUAUCUUAGUGGUAUGAUGAGACAUGGCCUCCUUACGUAUCGCAUGUCGUCAGUUAAAACAUACAUUAAAGAGUAAAACCGUCUAGUUUCUUUGUUAUUAAAGAUAUAAGAGAAAAUAAAAAAAUAAAAUGUUCGCAAAAUUUGAGACUACAAUAUAAUUUCGAUGUAAACGCAUCUUUGUACAUUUGCCUCUCUACAGGGUGGAACCAGGGUUGCCUGAAACUUUUGUUUCAGUUAAAACACAUGCUAAAUAAUAAAACCGUCUAUUUUCUUUUUUUCUAAAGAUGCCAGAGACAUUCAAAAAACAAAAUGUGCACAAAAUAUAAGACUACAAUACGAUUCUGAUGUAUACUUACAUGUGUACCUGGUCCUCCCUACAGGGUGUCUCAAACAUAAGAAAAACAUUUCUUUUCUUCCACCUGGUAUAAACAAAAAAAAAAAGAAGUUUGGGUAAACCUUUGCCCAACUGUGUAAAUAGCAAAGAAAAAUCUAAAAAAAUAAAAGAAAAUUAGCGGAAUCCUUUAAUUAAUCUGUUGACGAAAAAAAUUAACUAUGAAAAUGAGUAUAAUUUCCUAUAUCCCUAAAUUAUGCCUCGCAGUAUACAAUAUAUUUUUUAAUCUGAAAACAAAAUAUAACACCAAUAUGUAUAGUGCCAGUUCUCCUUUUUAGGAAAUAUGUACUUAAACACCAAUAUUUUCUUCCUUAAGGUAAUGAAACAAACAGUUUGUAAUGUUUAGUUUCUUUAACGUUAUCGAAACUAUUUAUUAUAUAAAAUGUGAUUUUUUUAUACUUCUGAAUUGGUGAUAGAGACUUUUAGAAUGAGUAUUAGUUGUAAGUUUAUAAUUAUUGUUGAAACAUAAUUAUCUUUACUAUUGUUGCGUAUUGAAAAUACUUCUCUGUACAAAUAUUAUUUAGAAAAUUCAAAUUUAUCGCGGUUAAGAUCAAAAUAUAUUGUCAGGUAUAACUUGAAUACAA